GAGUUUGGUGGGGAGAAAAAGCAUAGUCACUGUUCGAGGAGCUUAGCCGUUAGCUCGUCCAGUAUUCGUGUCUGUGUGCGUGAAUAUGAGAUUGUGUAUGUCACGCGGAAAGGGACGAAGGAGGCAGAGCCGCGAAGAAGAGUGGGAGAAAGAGGCGACGGAACCGCGCGUUCCCGCGGCCUCCCACGUCGCGGCUCGUCAUUCCUAGCCGAGUCUCUUCGACGUUCACGACACGACCACGCUUCUCCAGAGACCGGACGACACGAUUCCACGUCGUUCUGACGGUACGAUCUGCACCCGAAAUCGUCCCCUACUAUUAGCCUACCCGCUUUUAUACUCUCCCCUUCCAUCCAGAAACUGAACCUAUUCAUCUCUCACUCUCUCUCUUUCCCGUCCUCGGUGAUCCUUUUAGACCAGCCACAUCCCUCGAGCGGCUAAGAGACGCAGGCAAGGAGAAAUCGUUGAAGAAAGUUGGUAAAGAAAGGAGCAAGGAUCAGUGUUAGCACGACCGUCGACGGAGUCGAUUCGGUAAUUCGAAACACGCAUCGUUGUAUUGGAUAAUAAGAAGGAUACUGUGGUACACGCGUUUCUCUUGGGAUACAUCGAUACACAGGGUACGACAUAGGAAUCGCGUGUGGGUGUAUCGAACCGGCAAAAAAUCGAAUUGGAGUCGAUUGAUCAAGAAGACAUCGAUUACCGUUCGUUUUCGAUCGACCGAGAAAACGAGCGGGCUCGUUUCGAACGAGAAUAAACGCACAGCUUGCCAGAGAGACCUAUACGUACUUAACGAGGAAUUUGAUCGGGGACAGUCGAUCGUGAGUUUUAGCGAGGAUGUCGCACAAGCUGCAGAACCAAGGAGCGCCGGUUCACGGGGGCAAAUUUCAGAGAACGCCAAUGCGCCCAAUGAUAGCGGAAUACGACCCCAAGAAGCACGGCGUGAAAACAGAACUGUCAGACAUGGUUCUUGUCAAAUACAAAUGCGAGAAAAAUGAUGUACCAAUUACCGUCACGAACGGCUCGACAUUGCCGCUCGUGGAACGACCGAACGACGAGGAGGCAGCCCUUUACAAUCCCUUCGAGCAUAGGAAGCUGGCCCAUCCAACCUCGGACAUGGAUACCCUUAUACAUCUAUUGAAGGGCAGUCUGGGAACUGGUAUUCUCGCGAUGCCAAUGGCUUUCCGGAAUGCCGGUUUGCUUUUUGGUCUGUUCGCGACAUUCUUCAUCGGGGCUGUUUGCACUUACUGCGUUCACAUAUUGGUGAAGUGCGCCCAUGACCUCUGCAGGCGGACCCAGACACCCAGCUUGGGCUUCGCUGAUGUCGCCGAAGCAGCCUUUCUGGUUGGUCCCGAGCCUGUUCAGAAAUACGCUCGCCUUGCAAAAGCGACGAUCAAUUCGUUUCUCGUGAUCGACCUAAUCGGUUGUUGCUGUGUGUACAUCGUUUUCAUCUCGACCAACGUGAAAGAGGUGGUCGACUAUUAUACGGAGUCCGAUCGAGAUGUUCGGUUGUACAUGGCAGCGUUGUUGCCCUUGUUAAUUAUAUUCUCGCUCGUGAGGAACCUGAAAUACCUGGCGCCGUUCUCGAUGAUCGCGAACGUACUGAUCGCCACUGGCAUGGGGAUCACUUUCUACUACAUUUUCAGCGACUUGCCCAGUAUGGACAACGUGCCGAAUUUCUCGAGCUGGUCUCAAUUACCUUUGUUCUUCGGCACAGCAAUCUUUGCUCUUGAAGGCAUCGGCGUUGUGAUGCCUUUGGAGAACAACAUGAAAACCCCAACGCACUUCACCGGUUGCCCAGGUGUAUUGAACACAGGUAUGUUCUUCGUAGUGCUGUUGUACAGCACCGUCGGCUUCUUCGGCUACUGGCGUUACGGUGAGGACACGAAGGCUUCGAUCACGCUGAACCCAACGCAAAGCGAGGUGCUGGCUCAAUCAGCGAAGCUCAUGAUCGCGAUAGCGAUUUUCCUUACCUACGGUCUGCAGUUCUACGUGCCAAUGGAGAUCAUCUGGAAGAACGCCAAACAGUACUUCGGUUCGAGGAAGUUGAUUGCCGAGUACGCGAUCCGCAUCGUUUUUGUGGUAUUCACGGUCGGCGUGGCGAUCGCGAUUCCGAACCUGGGCCCGUUCAUAUCUCUCGUGGGCGCGGUUUGCCUUUCCACCUUGGGUCUCAUGUUCCCGUCCGUGAUCGAGCUAGUCACCGUGUGGGAUCAGGAAGAGGGACUUGGCUCCUAUUAUUGGAAGCUUUGGAAGAAUCUGGCGAUCAUUUCGUUCGGCAUACUGGGCUUCCUGACCGGCACUUAUGUCAGCAUCCAAGAGAUCCUCGAGGAGCACAUAUGAAGCGCCGGGUUCGAAGGAGCUGCGGUGCGACGGAAUAAUCGCUCAGCGCGUACCACUGAUGCCGACGUGUUCUACGACACGUCUCUCGUUGAGCGAGCUCGUCGGACCAUCCGGACGACGAUGACUAGGAGGGUGAUGCUACUUCCCCUGGGAGCAUCAAGGAGCACAGGUUACGCGGCCACGCGAGCUCCGAACUUCUAGCUUCGUCUCGCUCCUUCUGUUUGCACAUCGGUAGUACGACGGCUGUAACGACGACGAGGACGUCGCGUAGUUGAGGCUUCGUAGCCUUCAUCUUGAUUCGUUCAUUCUUAUUAUGUCAAUCAUCUAAAACAUCAGGAAUAGGAGGAGUUCUUGCGUUAAGCCGUUGCUUAUCGCUCGACGAUCACGACAAUAUCAUGGAAGACUGUAUAUAUACACUUUGGAUAUUAUCAUUGCAUGUUUCAUUUCUCCGUCUAAUCAUGAUGACAAUAAUAAUUAGAUUUUUAUGGCGUACUGUAACGCCUAUUUGAUCGUCGCAAAAUGAGAAAAACAGGAUGUUGAUGGUUCAGCAUAGGAACUCCUUCUGCCAUUACGCGACGACGUAGACUUAGCAUCAUAGCUUUGUUCUUCUCGUCUGACUGGUCUAACUGACAUACGUGUUAUAGCAUAGAAAUACGGCUUGAAGUUGUAGAAAACUUGAUCGAUCUUUGCCGAUUUAUGUCAGAGUCGUCGUUGCUGAUGUUGCGUCGUAUAAAGCCGUACGCCAGGUGUACGAUAAGGAUCGUUAAUGUCGCGCUUUUCCCCUCGGACAGGUGUUUCACCUUUCAUUUAUCAGAGUAUUUUGUAGAUUUCAGUAACAACCUUCAAAGUAGCGCCGAUUAUAUUUGGACGAUUACGUUUCCGGUGUUGUAUAGAAUGGGAUACUGUUUUGUUUUCUUAAAAUAUUUGUGCUAUUUUGAAAAGUAUGAAGAAAUAUUGUUUUUAGAAGUUCAGUGUAAAUUACAAAUUUGAAAUUUGUUUAUUUAAUUUGGCAUUCGAUACUGGUUUAGAUAAUAUUAACAAACUGAAAUAUCACAAAAUAUUCUUGGACUACUAAAAGCAAGACCUUGUUACCGUACAAUUUUUAUAAAAUAACUUCCAUGACUUCCGACGUGCUAAACACGAUAAAUCACUUAGCUGACUAGUAAUUCCAUAACGUAAUAAAUCGUGCGAUAUUAAUGACUUUUACCGUACAUCGCCAUACGUUCUAGCGAUUAACCGAGCAAUCAAAAAUGGCACAACGUGGCUCGCAGUACCCGGAUCCACGAAUGUGUGGAUCCUUCGAUCCGCGGGAUCUGAGAUCUGCGAAACGCUGACACGAGUAUCAAGGACGUGGAUAAGGACGCCCUUUUAUCCCUUUUUUAAUUUAUUCGCGGUGCGCUGACCGUGCGCACGACGAAGCUUUUCCAUCGACUUCACACAACUGCGGGACGGUUUUCUUUCUUGUUUCUUUUAUUUUUCUGUUUAGUAGCUAACGUACAUUAUUACGUACGGGUAUAGAUACAUAAAUUAUACUUAAGCGUCGUUAUUUUUACCCGCAAACAGGGAGCGUCAUUCGCGUUUUUGGCAUUAACGUGCAUUCGUUCGUUCAAAUUACCGCGACAAGAGAACGAUCUGUAAGAUAAGAGGUUCCGUCGGCUGAUCGUUGAUCGAUCUACUUGAAACUAUUCUGAUAGAAAUCAAUGUAAUCGUUAGAAAAUUGACGUUAAUCGGAAGAUACUUAACCCUUCCUACCAGACACACAAAUAUUUUUGUACACUAUUAUACCUGCAACAAAUGACUAUUUUGGAAUCUGUAAUAAUUUUUAUGGAACAAAAUUUCUGUCGGUCGUGAAAAGUGUCGGGUAAAAGGGAUUAACAAGUUGAUUGCUAUAAUGAUAAAGCAUAAUAAUUAUUCAACACACCAUCAUCCAAUUUUUUAAGUUUCAAAUUUGUUAUUUGACAGACUUUGACUAUUAGAGAUAUUCAAUUUUAUAAAAUUUUCCACUGGUAAAAAAUGUUGUCACAAGUCAUCACUAUAGCAAUCAAUGUAUAAAAAAUAUUAUUGGUAUAAUAAAUUAUUGGAUAAUAAAUUCACCGAUGAAGAGGAUAUUCGGAUCGACUACGUAAUUCUGAUGGAAACUGCCGAUCUGUUCCUAGUGCAUGUUGCACAAACGAUAAAAAGAAGACGUACAAAAGAUGGUUAUUAAUUAAGAGUAAGAAGCAGUAAUGGCACGUAGGUGUGAUAAUGUCGAGAUGUGCAUGUUUGCUAGUCUGUAGAAAGUUUAGCGAAACACCGAAUGCGUCGUGCGUCAGCAUGCGAUAUUAAUGACGCUGAUUGAACUUUUUUACUCGAUACCCAAGCAGGGAUGAAUUCUAAUUUUUUUUCUUUUUACAAAAAUAUUAUCGGACGGUGUGUCGAGGCAGCGAUUGAAAUUUGUGAAUUUUUCUACCGUCGUCGAAUUGUAAUUGAUUUUUUUUUAUUCAGACAAAAGAGACGAAAAGUGAUCUUAUUUUUCGAUAAUAAAACGCUUAUUAUGUAUUCGUGUAGAUUUUUCAGAGGAAAUAGUACAAAGCUAUAAUAAGAUUGGUAACGACUCGUUUCACGUAUUAUAAUGAACAUGUCGAUUAGCGUGCGAAAUUUAAGUGUAGAAUUUAAUUAAUCAUCGGCUAGAUCUGAACUAGCGUGAUCCGUCAAAUCGUGAACGACGGACUAAGCAUUUACAUUUUCUAAACUACGUGAAUGUACCGAUGAUGGUAUUAUGCUUUUACAGAGGGUUACAGUAUUACUGUACAUACCAUUUUCGAGCCUGACAAUGCCAUCAUCAUCGCUGUCGCUUCGAACACGCGAAAAAUUUAGUGCCUUGAUUCUUUCGUCUCGUGAAAAAUUGUAGGAUUUGAGACUGGUGUUUAAAUCAUCGUUAAUAGAGGAUACUAUACAGGGCGUUCUACUAAUCAUGUUACAAUUUCUCUUGGGAGAUUAAAUGAAAAUUAGAGAAAGAAAUUAUUUCUGUACGAGUCUUUGUUUUCGAUGGACCCGAUUCGUCUAUUCAAUUAUGGUUAAGUUAUAUUUGGGUUACAUUGAUCAGGUAUAAUUGGGUGCAAGGUAGAUCUCCUUUGUCUAAAAUCUACAGGUAAGGGGUGGGAGCUUUCUACAGUUAAUUUUCUAUUUUGGGAAAACUCAAAGGAGGAAUCCCUGUCCAUUACUGUAGCCCGUAAAAUUACUGUAAUAAUUUUCAAAUUGUAAUUGAUAACUGCUAUACUACAUAGAAGUGUAAUUUAAAGAGCUAAAGGUCACACCAUGAUUAUUGGAUCACCCUGUAUACGUGCGCGUCGCAUAUUUGAUUCUUCGACGUUCAAGGAAUACCUUGAGCAGCGUAUUUUUGUACGAGAACAUAAAACGACGUGGAAAUGCAUUGAGAAGGCAAUAACCAAUACAGUGCGGUAGUUAUUACCGCUUCGGUAGUUGUUAAAUGAGUUUCACCGAGAACAGGGUAGAAUCUGUUUCUUGUUUUUUUGGUCAAAUCCCAGCAAAUCUGCUGAGUUUUGUUAAGCUUUCUCAUUCAUGUCUCUCGUUGUAUUCUGCGUACUCGUCCAUCCUUUUCCACCGACAUAAUCUCUCUUUUUUUUACAUAUGUACCUACACACGCGUGUAUCACAGACUCGCAGAUAGAUCAGGAUAAUCUCUGUAUUGUACAAUAACUUUCUUUUGGAAUAAAAAUUUCGAUGAAACCGAGGUUCUUUACCAGACCGUAAUUUAUGGAAUUCGAAAUAAAAAUAAACUAUAACCGUUUCGCCGUUCCUUGAACAUUCAGUAUCACAGGAUGCUUUUUUUUUCACGUGCACGCGUAUCCCGUGCACGCUGUACCAAACAAUGUUAUGAUAUUUAAUAUACGUUGAAUUGAUUUGCAAA